AUGCUCCUUUGGCUUUUGCAGUCACUUUGGGGCUCUCUCCACAGCCGGUUCUUUAUUUACGGCGCCGCAGCCAGUAUACUCCUGACCUACAUUGUCUUAGCCAUUGUCACUCAAAAUGGACCGCUUCAUACAACACGCAGAAAGCUGAAGCACCUGCGCAAGCUCAGCGUCAGUGUCAGCAAUAUGGGCGAUCAGUAUGAUCCGAAAUUCAACCUAUCAUCUGAGUCAAAAGCCGACGGACCGCCACGCAUCAAGGCAUUGUACCUACAUCCGAUCAAGUCCUGUGGGUAUAUAGAGGUGGACCGGGCCUUACUACUGAAGACCGGAUUCAUGUACGAUCGAUGCUUCGCCUUCGCUGCCGGCGAUCUGAACGGAGAGGACUACGACGUAACCGCAAAAUGGCGUUUCAUCAGCCAACGCACAAAGCCGAUGAUGUCCCAGAUCAAGACAGAGAUCUGGCUGCCACACCAAACUAGCGAUCCGCACGAUGCUCUAGUUCGGUGUGGAGGGUGCGUGGUCAUGACUUUCGACAAUCCAGACGUGCCAAGUUGGACCGAUCGCAUUGAAACAUUCUUUCAAACAUGGAGUCGAUCCGCAGCACCACAGCUUUCUUUCAUUGUCCCUCUCGACGUGAGCACCAUUGAGCUCGAGGGGUUUCAAACAAAGCCGAAAACAUUUGGCAUUCACCAUCGCGACGCAAAGGGCAUCGACAUGGGAGGGAUUCCCUCCGUCGCAGCGUCGUUGCCUAAACUAAAGAAGUUUCUCAAAAUCCCGAAGGACCAAGGGAUCUCGCUCUUUAGAUGUACCUCAGAGACAGUGGUCCGCACAGAUAGAAACCUCGCCCCUCUCGAAUACAUUGGUUCGCCCGCCUUGCAUGGAUACACAGAUCAACAACCCAUUCAUCUUAACAGUCUUUCCUCAGUCCAAGCCGUCUCUGCACUCCUCCCGUCCGAAAAUCAACCUCUGAAUGCCCUCCGCUUCCGAGCAAAUAUCUGGAUAGAAAAUAGCCCGGCAUACGAAGAAGAGACCUGGAAACGCUACCGAAUUCUACCAAGAAGCAAUAGCACCCAGCCCCGUGCGAUAGUAGCACCGAGAUUCUCCGUCGUCUGUCGUACGUCUCGGUGCACGAUGCCAAACGUCAAUCCGAAAACAGGAAUCUUCGACACGGAUAACCCUCUCCCUGAGAAGAAGAAAGGAAAGCCACAGCCCAGCACAACCUUGGUUCAGUACCGCACGGUCGAGACUGGCAACAAAGCGGCAUUGGGGUAUCUAGGCAUGCAUUGCGUUCCCGAGGAUACAAGUUUGAAUGAGGCAGAGGAUCUGGGAGGAGGGUUAUUUGUUGAGGUUGGUGAUGAGAUUGAGGUGCUUGAGCGAGGAACGCACCUUUAUGGGUCGACGGGUGAUGAUUAUUAG